AUGAAAAAUCUUGCUAAUCUCGCAAAGCAAUUUAUUACACAAUUAAAUAAAACAAUAAAUGUAUCUAAUGCUUCAAAACCUGAUAAAUGUUAUUAUAAAGAAGUACUUGACAAUAUUCGUAAGCUUAAGCCAUAUUUUGCAUUUGAUGAAGUUUCUAUUACAAAUUGUAUUGAAUCGUUAAAUAUUAAAAUUGACAAAAAAAAUAUUUUAGCAUUAAUUUAUGAAAAUGAAAUAAAGGCUAUAAUUGGAAAAUAUUGUCAAUCUUAUAAGAUAUUAAAAAUAGCUCAAAAAAAAAUAGAAUGCAAUCAUCAAAUUAACAAAUUUUAUUGUGAAGUUACAAAUGACGUUUUUAUAGUUAAUAACUUAGAAACUUUUACAGAGAUGUUAUCGACUUUAGAUUCUUAUUUAAUAGAUGUCUAUGAUCAUUCUUAUAGAACAUAUAAUUCUUAUGUAUGUUUCGUUGUUAUACUCACUAAUAAAGGAAAUGUUUAUAUUAUAGAUUGCAUUAAAUUACGACAAGCAAUCAUUGAUAAGGGAUUAUUUACAUGUAAUUUUAAGAAAGUAUUUACAAAUAUAAAAAAUUUUACAAAAUUAAAAGUCGAUUUUAAAAAUAUCACCUGUUAUAGUAUUGCAGACUAUUAUUGUGAUGAUAAUUGUAUUCUUUUUAAAGAUUUUAAUAUUACUGUAAAUACUUACAUUGAUUGGCGCAUAGAAAAUUUACAUAUUUAUUUAAAAAAUUUUUUAAGUACAAAAAUUAUAAAUUUUUAUAAAAAUAUAAAAACAGAAUUAAUUGAUAAUCCUUGUUCUUAUAUAGAAAAUGAUGAAGAUUUUUUGUACCUUGAAAAAGAUACAGAGUUAUAUUUUAAAACAUUUAAAGAAUUUUUUGUAUCAAAAUAUUUACUAGAUGAUGAUAAAUAUUUAUUAAAAUUAAUAAAAGUUAGAGAGACAUAUGCUAGAGAUAACAACGAGUCAAUAUACUAUGUGAUGACGAAUGAUCAACUGUCUAUUUUUGCUAAACUAAAAUUAAAAAAUGAAAAAGAAAUAAUAAAGCACAAAAUUAUACUUUCAUCGAUCGUUAAACAAAAUUUAGAUCAAUUUUUAUAUUCUUGUACAUAA